AUGAUAUCCUCCACCGGCAGCCCAGCUGCUCUAAGCUCAUUCUUGGGUGGCUUUGCCACCGGCACGGAGAACAGCACGAACGCGGAGCGGGAGAGCGACUACGUCGUAAGCCUAAAGCUUCUGAACAAGACAAGCGAAAUUACGAAGCAAAAGUCGUUUGACCGGCUGGUAGAGCUCAUGAAGUCGACCCCCGACGAGGUGCUUCUGCAGUUUGCCAGCGCCACAGUUGAGGCGAUUGUCCAGCACGCCCACCACCCAAAGCCGGCGAUUCGGAAGUCGAGCUAUCAGCUACUACACGCGCUGAUGAGCAAGAAUAAGGAACUCAAGAAGGCGGUCGUCCCGGAGCUCAAAGUGCUGUCCGGUGUCUGGGUUAUGGGGAUGCACGAUAUGGAGGCGUCGGUGUGCCAGGCGGCCGCGGUUGCCUUCGAUGCCGCCUUUCUUGCGGAGAAGAAGACGCUCAUGCUGCAGCAACUGAUGGAAGCCAUUCUGAUGAGCCUGCGCACCGCUGUCGAGGAGGUAAUGGCUUUGAAGAAGCCACUACUGGAUGACUCGCUGGACCCCAACGCGAACAAAAUCUUCGCGGCUCUCAAGUCGAUGGGGUAUAUGGUCAAGCAAGUGAGCGCCGCACAGAUGGCAGUGCUGAAGUUUGUGCAGGACCCGCAGCUGUUUGGUGCGCUUCUGCCGCCGCGAGAAGCGUCCAAGUCGUACCUGCUCGUCAAAACCCCACUCGCCCGCUCCGCGGUACUGGCGCUCCUGCGCGACAUCGUGGCCUUCUGCCCCGCGAGCCCCAAAAUACACCAGCUCGUGUCGCACGCGCUCUUUGGGUCCAUCCUGGACUCGAACGUAACGAUGGCCUCGCGGACGUGGGAACUCUUUCUCUUCUGGUGUCGCAGCAACGUGACUGAUGUGGUGAGCCACAUGAAGGGGGGAUUUCUCGAUGACGUUGUGAAUUGCUUCAUGGGGUGCAAGCAAGGAGAACUCGCAGAGGUGAUCUUCCCGUGCCUAUUUCCUCUCUUGACGUCACUCUCGAAGGACGUGCGGUGCGAGGGUAUUCUGGACGAGUUCUGUGCAGCGCUGGUGGAGCGGCUGAAAGAAAUGAACGAGACACCAAACGUAAGCGCGCACGACCUGGAGGUGGUGCUAACGGCGACGAUGGAGUGCUGGGAGCUGCACUGCGUGCGCAAGAAGACCAACCACGCGUCUGAGGACAGCGUGGAGCUGUUCGCGGUGAUUAGCUUCCAUGCAGUGCAGCUCAUGCAGACAGAGGCGAAGGCGACCCGCUACCAGGCCGUGAUCAUAUCCGCCAUGGCAAGGAGCCUCCUCAAGACCGCCAGCCGAUGUGAGGAUGUGUUUGGGGACUGUUUGACAGUGAUUGGCGCUCAGCCAGGUGCGAUGUUUCGCGUGCUGCCGGACACCCCCGACUCGGCUUUGCAGCGAAGUUUUGUUCUCCUCCAGGCUCGUCUUCUGGGGCGGCUGUGCGCUAACACUUCGACGCCACUGCCACCAGCACCCACUGCAAUGACGAUGUCACCGACGACGCGGACUGAGGGUGCAAGUAACGCGCACUGCAAAACGCUGGUGGCAGAGGCGGCGAACACUUGGCUACAGCAGCAAGUGGCGACCAGUCUCGACGAACAAAAGUGGGCUCGACUCGCCGCCUUCUUUGGUGAAACACAGGACACUCAGUUCUGCCCCCUCGACGCGGUGUCUGACACCAUCCUCGACGCCUUGUGCGGGUGUGUGAGGCACACCUAUCCGGAAGAGACCUCGGCGCAGGAGCGUACGGCUGAGGGCAAGGUGGCACUGGCGACAAUGGUGAAAGCAGGCCUGGGGUGGAAACACCGACCCGCUUCCCAGGACUUGAUGAAGGCAACGUCGUCCGCCCAGGAGGACACGCUAAAGGAAGCUGCGUUGCGGCACUUGAUGCAGGAUCCGGCUAGACUGUGCGAGGUACUAACCUGUGCAGUUGCCCGGUGCGACAUGGUUGGUGUGAACCAGUGCGUUGCGGAGUACACUAAGCGCGAGCUGACGCUCUCGGAGAAGCAGCGACGCAGUGUGCUGGAGGCGCUGUACACUUCAGUGAAGGAAACUCUGGCGAUGGUUACGGAGCACCCUUCGGACUCGGAUGCGAAGUCAACCUCCACCAGCGACUUGGCAUCCAGCUACAGUUCCUCCGAAGCUUCGUCGUCACCCGCUACGUCUUCCUCGACAUCAUCGUCAUCGGCGAGCGACAGCGGCGCUGAUUGUGACACGGCGGAUGCGUCAGCAUCCGCCGCCAGUGGUGGCGACGUAGCCAAUCACGCACCGGAGGCAAGAGAACGAAUGAUCAAGUGGGCGAAACUGCUGCGCAACGGCGGUGCCUUUGCUGAGCUUCUGCAUCUCGACGCCCCAUACAUUGUUGGCCACCUUCUGACACCUCUAUCCCAUAUCAGUGCCGCUGUGGCGCCUCGCGUGCUUGUGGAGCAGUACAUCUCUGUCAAGGCGCUGCGAGUCGCGCUGCAAAGACAGCGGUACGGCGAGAAGGACAGCGAUAGCAGCGACGGCGAGGGCAGCGAUGACUUGCUGGCGUACGCGAUGGAGCAGAAGGCGCACUGGUCGAACAUCGCGGAUUGCAGGGCCGUCACGGCGGAGGUGGAGGCGCUACUGGACAGCUACUCCGUCCGCACUGAGGACCGCGACGCCGUGGCCAUGGAGCUUCUCCACUCCGUCUUCAGCGAUGACGACAAUCUGCCACUUUCCUUCUUUGCUGUCUACCGACUCUCACAGCUCGUGCCGUACGCCUCCACAGCGUGCCUGCAGUCGUUCGCGACGUCGGACUCCGUGUGGUGCCAGGCGGCAGUGGAGGUGCAAGCUGCCGCGCUAGUCAGCAACGAGGCAACUCGCUCUCUCUACGAUGGUUCUCUCUCCAUCGACCAACUGCGUCCCACCUUUACGACCACCGUGCGCACUGCGCAGCUUGUCCGCCUGACGGACAGCGUCAAUGGCGCGGCCGUAGCGGUGGCGAUGGCCAGCGUAGACCCCAAAGCGGUCGCCCGCCUCUUCUGCCAGCUGCUGCGCGUGGCGGCAGUAAAGGAAGUGCUGGCGGACGGUGUGUGUCGCACGCUGUUCGAGAGCCUCUUUCCAGCUAUGCUGGCGUGCUUUGAUGUGGCCGAGGUGGCGGUUGAAGUGGCGAUGCUCGUGACCUCGACAGAAGGGCCUCUGUCGGCUGCUGGGGUGCCGUACGUGCUGCCAACGUUAGCCGCCGUGCUGCGCGAUGUUGCGCCAGCGGACGACACGACGUUCCUGCGCCGCGCCAUUCGUCUGGUGAGCGCCGUGUCAAACACGGCAGUGACGUCCCUCUUCGAUGCUCAGGGCGCCAAAGGCAUUGCGCCAGUGCUGGCGGCGGCUUACACCGCAUUCUUCUCAGUGAUGGAUGACGUUGCAGAUGUGCUGCGCUUCAACAUCGCGGCGCAGAUCCCGGCGGAGCAGGAGCGGUUGUUGCUGGAGGCGAGCUGUCAGCUGCCGACAUGGGACUUGACAACAGCAAAGCUGACACUCGUGGUCGUACGGCACCUCGCCUCGCUGCCGGCCGUGGCGGAUAGCACCGUGAGGAGCCUCAUGGUGUACGCGUCGAAGCAGGCACCGCUAGAUGGGCUGGAGCUGCUGGCCGAGCUAUCAUGUACCCGCAUCCCCACCCCUGAUGUGUACAGCGAAGUCAUCCGCGUUAUAAUCGACGCCCUCUGUCGCUGCUAUCGACUGCGCCACUUGCCACCCAACGGCCGCCUGCAGAAAGAGUCGAGCGGCUCGUUGGUGGGCAGCACACCCGUUUCCCUGACAACCUUGCGCCGAGUGGUGAUGGCGGCAGUGCUGGCCAGGCGCGGUGUCGUGCUCCAUAGCCGUAUGGACAGCGUCCUGCGCAGCACGGUGAAUCUCGUCGUGUUCGACACCGUCUGCGAGGCGGUGUCGCGGCUGCGGUCGACGAAAGAGGACGAGGUGGCCCCGCUCGCCAAGCUCAUCGCCUUCACCUCUCGCUUCAUGGGUGACUUGCUCACCAGCGAUGUCAUGGCGCUGCGAGCGUCUGAGACGAGCGUCGACAAGAUUGCCUCAGUGCUGUGCUUCGCCUACGCCUGGCUGUUCGCGACGGGAAUUGUGAAGCUUGAACAGCUUGGUGUGUCGACGGUCGCGGGUGUUUUGCGCAGCGUAUGCCUGCUGGCGAACCUGACCCUCAUGCGCGCCACCGUCUCGCUCACGGCACCGAUGCAGAGCAUUAUGCAGCGCCUCUCGCUGAAGCCGCUUCGAAAGGAGUACUCGACAACGCAGCCGGCGAAAGUGGCACAGUUCCGCCACCAGAACGCGGUGCUGACCAAGACGCAGAAGCAGAAGAUGCUGCUCUUCCCAUACCUGAUGUCGUGGUGCAUCUACCUCACUAGUGCCCCACCAUCACCAACGGAGGAGACUCAGGGGACUGGCGGCAACGCUGUUCGUGACAAGGAGUGGCAACGACAGGUGUACGCUCUUCUUGACCUCUUAUUUGCUCUCAUGCUGACCCCGAUGCACCGGACCUCGACCAGGCUGGAUUCGACCUUCAUUGGUGCCUCGAUGCACCCCGGUGCCACUGGUGACAGCAAUACCACCGGGCAGCUCGGUUUUGAGCUGGUUGCGCUCACGCGCGUCGACGCGCCAGAUCCGAUGGCGCAGCUGGCUCGUGGUGCCUUCGCCGUCUUUACCCAACUACUGCAUGGCUCCACCUUGUCGCUGACGAAGAGUUGGCUGGAGACAGUGGAGCGCAAAGGCCGCGCCCUCUUUUACAGCUCUGUCUCUCAGAAUAUAACCGGUAUUCUCAUUCAGGAGAGUUUCUUGUCAGUGCUGAGACACAGCCCCGACGGCAGCAGCAGCUUCAGCGUCGGAGACAGCUGCAGCGUGGAGGUGAACGUAGCUCAGCAGCUUAUUGACCUGAGUUACGAAAUGGAGGACGCAAAAGUCGCCGUGCGCAUUACCUUCCCAGCGGCCUUCCCGUUGCACCCACCCGCAGUGGAAUACGAGACCGGCCGUGAGUGUGGCGUUUCCAUGAAGAAGUGGCGCUCAUGGAUGCUGAAGAUGACCGUCAUCCUCUUCGGUGGCUCGGCAAACGUGUGGGAGUGCAUUGACCUCUUCCACCAGAACCUCGAUGCACACUUCCGCGGCAUCGAGCCCUGCCCUAUCUGCUUUGCCGUCGUGAGCUCCACGAAUCACAAGCUGCCGGACGUGCGCUGCUCAGUGUGUCACAACUCCGCCUUCCACUCGAACUGCCUGUACAUGUGGUGGGCGACAGGUUCUAACAACGUCUGCCCGCUAUGUCGCUCUCCCUGGAUCGCGGAGUAG